UCCUAAUAAUUUGUGAGCCACCAUAACAGUAAACAAUUUUAAAAGGCAAGCGGUAAAAUGAGCUCUGAAAAUAUCGCAUUUUAUGCUCGUUUGAAGAAAAUACAAGAGUUACAGCACAGAAGAGAGAAUAAAAGACUGGAUCUUCAGAGGCGCUUUGAUAAUUAUGCAAUGUCUGAUCAAAACUUGUCUCGAUUGAAGGCUGCCAGGCUGCAAAGCUACUGGAAGAAAGUCUGUGAAGAUGAGAGAAAGAGCAAAGAUAGGAAUGAACAACUCCUACGUGACUUUGGGAGAGUAGAGGCUCAUAUUGCUACACUUUCUAGCAGGACUGAGAGGCUUCGACUCUUAAAGGACCAAUAUGAAAGGCAGGUUGAAUCUAUGUUUCCAUACUGGAAAGAACAAAUGGACAUAAAAAGAAUGUCCCAAGAUCAACCAAAUAUCAAUGCACCAAUGAUGUAUGCAACAGCCAGCCAGCAAUACAUGGAGCAGACGAAUACUCCUAAUAUGCCACGUAGUAUUCCACAAAAUGGAAUGAGUAUGACCUCUGCAUCAACAACCUACCAACAGCCACCAUCCACAUCAUUCAAUCACAUGCCUCACCAUGACAACCCUCAGCCUAACUCACAAGUAUUCACAAACCCUCAACAGUAUUCACAAUAUGGAGCACCUAAACCAGAUUCAGCACCGUACAGAAUGACAACACCUAGCACUCUCCCUCAUUCAGAAGCACAGCACCCUGCACAGGGCUUUGGUGAUGGUUAUGAGAUGCCCCUGGUACCAGGACUUCAUGGGGCACCUCCACAGGGCCAGCACGCACCUGUACCCAGCUCUCAUCCCAGUUCUCAUCCCAGCUCUCAUCCCAGCGGUCAGCUUCCUCUGACAGAGAGCAGAAUCAGCGUGCCUCCUGGUGCAGGUCAGGCAACAACUUAUGGACAGAUGGAAGAUUCCUCUUCUUUCAGCGUCAGCUCAGAGAGUCCUAGGUCACCUCAACACCAGGUCAGACAAGGCAAUGUAACUAGGACCAUACAACCUCUGCAAGCUGGUCAGGCCAAAGAAGAGACAGUGAUCAACAGGACAACCUUACCCGGAAUGGAUCCUCAAUCUGAGUCUAUGCAACUGGUUGGGGAGAUGUCUAGUAAUAAAGGACAACGAACAAUGUCCAAUGUCAUCAGCAAAUCAACAAAGCCAGCUAAGAAUCAAAUUUUCACUGAAGAAGUAGUCAAUGGUUCCACUGCAGGAGAAAGAUUGUCAUCAGCUCAGACAGAACCAUUUUCCUCUAGUGAUAAUUCUGGUGAUGAGAGUAAGGAGCAAGUGGACAAGGCACUUUAUUCUCCGGAGGUACCUCCAGAACUACCCAAGUAUGAAGAGCGAGCAAGAGGUCCAUCAAGCACUGGCAGGGAACAACAUCACAUGCCAGACCAAGACAUGAGAGAGAUUGGUAGAGCACCGUCAGUGAUGGAUGAUGCUGUGGAGAGCAGUGGUAGUGAGGAAGACAGUGAGAUCGACAGUGAUGUCAGUCUACCACUCAGUCAGGAUAGACACAUAGAUGAUGGACCUGUACAAGCAGAAAGAAAUUCCAACAACUCUAAAGCACCUGAAGCAAAGACUGUGAAACCAAACCCUAUUGUCCUGAGUAAUGAAGGAUUCUAUCUUCUAAUGAAAGCUGUGGAAGCUGAAAUUGAUGCUACUGAUUCCCUCGAAGGGAUAUAUGCUACUCUGGCUUGUACCAAGACUAUUAGGGAUGAAAUUGUGAGGACCGCCAACUCAAACUCAGGAUUUGACCUACUAGACCCAAGAGCAAUCAGUAUGGUCAUACUUGAAGAGCUCCCUCUAUUGGUUCAGAAACUACCUGGAGGAUGUCUUCUAUCAGAGAGACUUCUUGUUGCUAGUAGUAGAACCAUCACUGAAUUAUCUAUCAGGUCUCACAUGAUGUCAUCAUCCCUUAAGCUGUGGGAUGACAUCCAUCGUCAUAUGGUAUUUUUAGUGAGGAGAGGAGUGAUGGAACCAGAAAGUGUAGCCAUCAAGUUUGCUCCCCUUCUACUGGCUGCAGACUCCCAAGCCAAUGAAAAGGCAGUUCAUGUGAUCUCUGACAUCUUAAUGAAAGCUGAGGAGGAAGAGGAGGAGGAAGAGGUAACAUUUGGAGAAGAAUCGUCUAUUUCUGAUUCUUCAAAUAUGAGCCCUGCCCAACAUAGCCCUGAUGCCAUCCAACAUGCUCAACCAAAGGAUUAUCCAUCAGUCCCACCCCUUGCUCUUGGUGGAAUGGAAGGAGACACAGAUGAUCUAGUGGAUACAGGCAGGACUAGUGGUGAUAGCUUCUUUGAUAACAAAGUACCUCUAAAUGAAACGUCUGCCUACCAGAGGAUGAUGAUGGGCAGUCAGCCUGAGAUGAAGCAGACGGAUGAAGAUGAUGGGAGCGGAAAUGAUGAUGAGGAUGAGAGUGAUAGUGAGGAUGAGAUAGAGAGAGCUACCCGCAUUAAUGUGGAGUCACCAUCUUCACAACAACCCAAGAAGAAGAGGAAUGUGCUUUCAUCUCUUGGUGGGAGCCUUGGUAGAAGCCUAGGAAGUGACGAGGAGGAGGAAAGACGACCUCUUCCAUCUGAUAGAACGGAUGAGGUAUCCUCACCAGAUAAGAGUGAAGUAGCUAGCUCACUAUCUCCUACACCUAGAGGAGGUGGUGGGGGCUAUGUCCCAUCCGCCAUGGAACAAAGCAUGAAGUCAACUGGACGAACAGACACAAUGAAUAGAUCAGCAGCUUUCUGGGGGAAUGAAUCUGAUCUGGAUGAAGAAUCGGAUAUGAGUGUUCCCAUGGGAACAGGAAAGGUGGAGGAGGAAAAAGAUGACUUUGAUUUCUAUGACUAGGAAGAUCAAACUGAGAGGUUUCUGAGGAAGGUUGUUAGUUCAAGUAACUCCCGUGACAGUGAGCGUUGCUAGAGAAAUGUUAGCCUGGUUCCAAAAGGAUUUCCUGUUCAUCCAUUCUGUGAUACACAGAGUACUGGACACAUUUUUUUUAUUGUGUGAGUAGCGUUUGUUACUAUAGUAGAGGAAUAAGUGACAUUAUUAACCGUAUCAGACAUCUGAGCAGGGCAAUUUUUAAAUUUUAUUGCCCUCAAGGUUUGAUGGAUAAGCCAACAAAACUACAGGCGAAAAAAAUAUUAUUGACCGCUCAGAAAAGUCAAUGGGAUAUUGUGUGUAAUUUGCCGGUCAAUACGGUUAUACAGUAAACCAAUGAACAGAUAUUA